AUGGGCCACAAGCAUUCUCAUCACAACAACAACUCCUCAUCGACCAUGAUGAUGAGCGAACACGAACAAGAUUUCCAUUCAAACUCUUCGCCGAAUAGUGCAAGAUUCAACCAUUCAUCCUCUUCUUCGCCACGAGCAAACAACUUUACAUGUAAUAGUCAUGGACAAUUGGAUACUUGUCAGACAUGCAAGGAUAGCAAUACGAAUUGCGUGAAGAGCAAGCAGGAGAGAAGAUUCGCUCAGCUCUUAAUGUUAUGUCAGGCAUUUGAAGAGCAGUAUCCUGAGGUGUGGAAACAAUUUGUGAUUCAAUAUUACUUGACUGCCAAUUUCAAGUUUCCACAAAAGAGAAAGAGAAGGAUGAGCUCUUCUAUAGAUUCAGCACCUGGAAAAUUGGUGUCUUCUUCUUUGGAUUCUCAAAAUGUUAUGUAUUCGAAUAGUGGCAAUUCGUUCAAAGUGAGCUCGCUGCCUAGUGAGUCGAAUCCUUCCACAAAUCAAAUUGCUCAGGUACCAACCACUUUUGUACAUCAUUCAUACUCUUUGGGAAGUUUAAAUGAUAAUCCAAAUUCGAAUAUAAUGGUAAAUUCGAAUGAUGCAAUGAUAACAGACAAGGUUGUCCAUUUACCAGAAUCAGCGAGGAAAGAAAUUGAAAAGAUUGAUAGGAAAAUGUGUUGUACAUCAUCUCAGGAUUUUGACCUUUCCUCUGACGAUGAAAUGUUUCCCAAUGUUGAUCUUGGAAACAAUAUAGCAUGCGAGGGAGGAGAUAGAAAUCCACAAUAUGGUCAAGUGAUGGAUCAAUUCAUGAGGGAAUUUAUAGAAUAUAAUCUUAAACACUGGAAAAUACCAAACAAAUUGGAAGAUAUUAAUAUGGUUAAAAUAUUUGAGGAUUUUCUAAAGAAUAUCAAUAAAUGA